GGUUCGGGCUCCUCCUUUUCCGUUGCCCCGGCGUGCUCCUCUUCUCUUCUCUUCUCUGCCUGCCCAUCCGCACAUCCAUCCACUAAUAUUGGCAGAGCGGCGUCCGAGUGGAAACGGCAGCAGACGAAAAGCCCAAGCAGACCACGCAUUGAUCGCAGCUCAUCAUCAACCAUCAAUCAUCAUCAUCACGGCGGCGCGCACGUCGUCGUACUGCUCUGCUAGCCAGCCCUUUGUAUUUAAGCCGACGCUCUGCUGGGCUCGCUUCUCCCUUCCUCUCCGCUCGUCUCCGCUAGCUAGCUGCACCAUCGUGCAUGCGUUCCCGGCCGCCGCGCCGCCCGCCUGCAGGACCCGCGCUGCCGAUCGACGUCGGUGCACAAUGUGGAACUGCUCGUCGCUCCUGCUGCAGUACGGCGACGACUACGCAGCCAGGUGCGAGAGCUCUAGUUCACCGGCAGGAGCUGUGGGCCUGGACAGGAUACUAGCGGCGGAGUAUGGCCGGUUCGAUUCUCUGGACCUGUCGCCGCCGCCGCCGCUUCACGGUCUUCAGGCGCAGACGCUUUUUGCUAUUCACGGUUCUUCAGAGAACUGCCUAGGAAUAGGCGCGAAUCCAAUCUACAGCACCGAGGCCCGGCCCGCGUUCUCGCAGCUCAGCUUCACCCAGCCAGCUGCUGAUACCGCUGCCCACUACUCGAUGAAAUGGACGGCAGCGGGGGAGACGGCGACCGGUGGCGGGGGAAGCCGUCUCAGGGGAUCGAAGAGGCUCAAGACAAAGACGCCAGCCACAGCACAAGGUCCACAGCACCACGGCCAGCGGUGCAGUCCGAAACCAACAACAAGUCAGUCUAUCAAGGCACCACCAUGUAAGAGGAGCCAGAAGCUGGGGGACAAGAUCACGGCGCUUCAGCAGCUAGUCUCCCCUUAUGGCAAGGUAAGCUCUUGGACUUGCCGCUCAUGUCCUGUACCCCUACUUGUGACCUGGCAUGUGGCGUGUGCAGACGGAUACGGCAUCAGUGCUCCACGAGGCAGCCACCUGCAUCAAGCACCUCCACGAGCAGAUCCAGGUGAGCAGAUGGCGCAUCGUCCUCUUACUUACUCAGAAUGGUCAUGCGACGGACGCUCGGGCACGAGGAGCAACAGAUUUGCAGCAAGUCACGUUCUCCAGCGUCACAGCAGGACACGGGCGACGAAGAGGGCGGCGCGACGGGUCUGCGCCGGCGAGGCCUGUGCGUGGCGUCGCUGUCCCCGGCCGUCGUGCAGCUCGUGUCGGCCGAGGCCGCGCUCGGCAACCGCGACACGGAAGACCACUGGCGCUGGCUCGGCACUCUGUAAGUCUGUAGCCGGGGCGGAGAACGAUGCUGUGCUGCCAUGCUUCAGUUCGUAGACGGUAGGAGCACGAGACAUGGCCGCAGGGGUUGGUGUCAUCAGGCCUUCAGAUACAGCGUUAGACCUCAAUUUCACUGGGGAAAAAAUAAAUAUUACUCACCUGCUUCGAGAGGUUAUUAGUUAGUACAAUGGAUAUAUUAUAUACUACAUUAAUACGUCACCUUCUGUUUUAUCCUGAUCCUGAUGGUUGCCUCUAUAGUCUGUACUGCAAGUUUACUCCAUGAUGUGCU